UAUUCUUAUGUUAUGGUUAUGCCUAUAAAUUACUUCAAAAACUCACGCCCAAAUAUAUUAGAGCAUACUUUUCUUAUAUUUGUAAAACUCAUUGUGAUUGAUUAUAAUGUCUAGGCAAUUAGAACCACUUAGUGUGGGAGGAGUGAUAGGAGAAGUUGUUGACAUUUUUAAUCCAAGUGUAAAAAUGAAUGUUACAUAUUCAACCAAGCAAGUUGCAAAUGGUCAUGAGUUAAUGCCUUCUAUUGUUAUCAACAAACCUAGGGUUGACAUUGGUGGUGAUGACAUGAGGUCUGCUUAUACUCUAGUCAUGACAGAUCCGGAUGCUCCUAGUCCUAGUGAUCCAUAUUUAAGGGAACAUCUUCACUGGAUGGUUGCAGAUAUUCCAGGUACCACUGAUGUCUCAUUUGGAAAGGAGAUUGUUGAGUAUGAGAAUCCAAAGCCAGUAAUAGGAAUUCAUAGAUAUGUCUUCAUCUUGUUCAAGCAAAGAGGGAGACAAACGGUGAGAGCUCCGAAUUCUAGAGACCAGUUCAGCACAAGGAUAUUCUCUGAGGAGAAUAACCUUGGCUUACCUGUUGCUGCAGUUUACUUCAAUGCUCAAAGAGAAACUGCAGCAAGAAGAAGAUGAUGAUGAACAAUUCCUAAAGCUGAAGAAAGGGUGCAGUGAAUAAAACUUGUUAUAUCCUAAUUUGGUUUCUUUUCCUAUGGUUUUUCUGAGGGUUUGUCAUACUUUAAUAAAGAUAGAUUUUUGUUGAAAUCUCUAUCACGUUUCAUUUGUGUUUGUCUAUUUCUUUGGAGGCAAGGUAUUGAGAAUCCGUUUAAGGUAAUUAUUUAGAUUGUAACAUCAAAGCAUUAUGCACGGUGAAGCAAUUUUGAUAACAGUUAGAUACAGUGAGAAAGACUUCUCUUGCUAAAUCUAAUUGUCCUCACAUCUGCUACACCAUCCAGUUGGGA